AUGGCGCCAGCCCAGGCGCAACAGAAAUUCAUGACCAUCGGCACCGGCGGUGUCACUGGCGUGUACUACGCAGCGGGUGGCGCCAUCUGCCGUCUGUCGGACGUGCAGUUCAACUCCCUCAAAGGCGUGGGCCAGUUCAAGGACGCCGGAGCCUACGGCGACCUGCGAGCCGUUUUCGCCGUGCACCCCGAGCCCUUCACGGUGGUGGCACGCAAGGAAGCCAACAUCACCAAGUUCGAGGACUUCAAAGGCAAACGCUUCAACGUCGGCAAUCCGGGUUCGGGCACACGCUCGUCGAUGGAAGAGCUGCUGAGCGCGAUGGGCUGGAGAAUGGUGGGCCACCCGAGCGCCAACAUUCAGGACCCGACCACCUCCUGCGGCGCCAAGCUGGUGUCCAUCACCGGUCCUGCCAUCGACAAGCUCGUGGCCGACAAGCCCUACUACGCCAAGGUCACGCUGCCCGGUGGCCUGUACCCGAACAAUCCACAACCGACCAACACCUACGGUGUCAUCGCCACCGUGGUGGCCUCCAGCAAGACGCCGACCGACACCGUGUACGCCGUGGUCAAGUCGGUGUUUGAAAACUUCGACGAGUUCAAGAAGCUGCACCCUGCGCUGGCCAACCUCAACCCCGAGAACAUGAUCAAGGACGGCUUGAGUGCGCCGCUGCACGAAGGUGCGGUGAAGUACUACAAGGAAAAAGGCUGGAUGAAGUGA